UGUUUACGUACUGCGAGGUGUGAAGAUCUUUGGUGAAGCGUUGGAAUACGUGGUGCUGGUCCUCUGAAGUGACAGAAGAGUGUAACUGUUAUUGAUAUAACUGAAGAAACCGAAUCAGUUUAUAAAAAUGGUGACAGUUGAGCAACCAUGUUAUACAAUUAUUAAUCUUCCAUCAGACUCUGAUCCUCCUAAUGAAAUGCAGUUGAAAACGGAUCUUGAAAAAGGAGAUGUAAAAGUAAAAAUAGAAGCUUUGAAGAAAGUAAUUCAGAUGAUAGCAAGUGGUGAAAGGCUCCCAGGUCUUUUGAUGACUAUAAUCAGAUUUGUACUUCCACUGCAAGAUCACAUGAUCAAAAAACUCUUGUUGAUAUUCUGGGAAAUAGUACCAAAAACUACACCAGAUGGAAAGCUUAUGCAGGAAAUGAUACUCGUUUGUGACUCCUACAGAAAGGAUUUGCAACAUCCGAACGAGUUCCUGCGAGGUUCCACGCUUCGCUUCCUGUGCAAACUGAAGGAACCAGAGCUGCUGGAGCCACUUAUGCCGGCCAUUCGAGCCUGUUUAGAACACAGGCAUUCGUAUGUUCGGAGAAAUGCUGUCCUUGCAAUUUUCACCAUUUAUAGGAACUUUGAAUUCCUUAUCCCUGAUGCUCCUGAACUGAUAGCAAACUUUCUAGAAGGUGAGCAGGACAUGUCCUGCAAACGUAAUGCAUUCCUUAUGUUACUGCAUGCUGAUCAGGAGAGAGCCCUUGCAUACUUAGCAUCGUGUCUUGAUCAAGUUACUUCAUUCGGUGACAUUCUACAGCUAGUUAUUGUAGAGCUCAUUUAUAAGGUCUGUCACGCCAAUCCCUCAGAGCGCUCCAGAUUUAUUCGGUGCAUAUAUAACUUGCUGAAUUCAUCGAGCCCUGCUGUUCGAUAUGAAGCAGCUGGUACACUAGUAACACUGUCUAGUGCCCCAACUGCAAUCAAGGCUGCUGCAUCUUGCUACAUUGAAUUGAUAGUGAAAGAAAGUGACAAUAAUGUGAAGCUAAUUGUAUUGGAUCGUCUCAUAGCUCUGAAGGAGCACCCAACACAUGAAAGAGUGCUUCAGGAUCUUGUGAUGGACAUACUACGUGUUCUCUCAAGUCCAGAUCUUGAAGUUCGUAAGAAGACACUUAACUUAGCAAUGGACCUUGUUUCGUCUCGCAACAUUGAGGAAAUGGUGCUUGUGUUGAAAAAAGAAGUAGCUAAAACUCAUAAUGUGGUGGAGCAUGAGGACACGGGAAAAUACAGACAGCUUCUCGUUCGCACACUUCAUUCCUGCUGCAUCAAGUUUCCAGAUGUAGCAGCUACUGUCAUCCCAGUUUUGAUUGAAUUCUUGUCAGACACUAAUGAACUUGCUGCCUCUGAUGUUCUCGUGUUUGUGAGGGAAGCUAUACAGAAGUUUGAAGGACUUCGGCCAUUGAUCAUUGAGAGGCUUUUAGAUGCUUUCCCAACAAUUAAGUCAGUGAAAGUUCAUCGUUCAGCACUGUGGAUUCUUGGCGAAUAUGCAACUACACCAGAUGACAUUCAGUCUGUUAUGAACCAAGUGCGACAAACUCUCGGAGAGAUCCCGAUUGUGGAGGAUGAAUUGCGCAGGGCAGCUGGUGAGAAGGUGGAUGAUGAAACAAUGCAGGCUCAAGUGCCUGUUCAAAAGCUUGUGACACCCGAUGGCACAUAUGCUACACAAUCAGCAUUUAACACUGCAAGCGUGGCAAAGAAAGGUGAAGCAAGACCUCCCCUUCGUCAGUAUUUAAUGGAAGGUGACUUCUUUAUUGGAGCAGCUUUGGGAACAACCUUAGCGAAACUAGCACUGCGUUAUUGCACAGCUGUACCAGAUAUCCGUCGACAAAACAGGUUUACUGCAGAAGCUAUGCUUAUUAUGGCUUCUGUGUUGCAUCUUGGAAAAUCUGGUCUUCCUUCUAAAGCCAUGACCAAUGAUGAUGCGGAUCGAUUGUUUUUGUGUCUGAAAGUGCUGUCUGACAAAUCUCCUGUCAUUGUAGGCAUAUUUAAUGAACACUGCCGCAAAGCUUUAUCAAACAUGCUUGCUGCAAAAGCUGAAGAAGAAGCAUCUACACAAAAGGCAAAGGAAAAGCCAGGCUCUAAAGUGCAGGCAGACGAUCCAAUCUCGUUUGUACAAUUGUCAGCUCAUCGUGGAGAUUUGGGAGGAGCAGAAAAUGUGUUUGAGUUGAGCCUGACACAGGCUGUGGCAGGUGGCCCCUCUGGUUCUCGCAGCAGCCCAGAGACCCUAGCCAUCAGCAGCAGGCUCAGUAAAGUCACUCAGCUCACAGGGUUUUCUGACCCUGUCUAUGCGGAGGCAUAUGUCCAUGUCAACCAGUACGACAUUGUGCUUGAUGUGCUUAUUGUAAACCAGACAGAUGAUACUUUACAAAACUGUACUCUUGAACUUGCAACAAUGGGUGAUUUGAAGCUUGUUGAGAAACCACAGCCUGUGGUUCUUGCACCUCAUGACUUCUGCAACAUAAAAGCUAAUGUUAAGGUUGCUUCAACCGAAAAUGGAAUAAUUUUUGGUAACAUAGUGUACGAUGUGAGUGGAGCUGCUUCUGAUCGCAAUGUUGUUGUACUUAAUGAUAUUCAUAUUGAUAUCAUGGAUUACAUAGUUCCUGCCACUUGCAAUGACACUGAAUUCCGUCAGAUGUGGGCAGAAUUUGAGUGGGAAAAUAAGGUAUCUGUUAAUACAAACUUAACAGAUCUUCAUGAAUACCUGCACCAUUUGAUAAGCAGCACAAAUAUGAAGUGUUUGACACCAGAGAAGGCUCUGUCUGGUCAGUGUGGCUUCAUGGCAGCUAAUAUGUAUGCACGCUCAAUAUUUGGAGAAGAUGCUUUGGCUAACCUGAGUAUUGAAAAGCCAUUCAACAAACCAGAUGCGCCAGUUACCGGGCACAUUCGAAUACGAGCUAAAAGCCAGGGAAUGGCUCUGAGCUUGGGAGAUAAAAUCAACAUGACACAAAAAGGUCCACAAAAAGCGUGUAGUGGAGCAUAAAUAUGUACUACCAUGAAUUUAUUUUCUGAGAUAUGAAAUGUGAACAAUAUACUGGAGUUAAGUGAUGUCUUUUAUUCAUAUUAUUAUACAAUAUCUUGUUUUACAUAAUUGUAAUAGUACAACUUGUAUACUGUACAUGUUUUUAUUUAAGAUUAAAUCUCGAAGUUGUAAAUUAAA